AUGGACACUUCGUCGCUGUUGGCCUCGCCGACGUCCCCGGCGGCGUCGGGGCUCCAGAUCUUUGCCCUCUCCGUCAACUUCGCUCUCCCUGCCCUGGCGCUGCUUGCCGUCUCUGUGCGCGUGGCGGGCCGGCUGGCGGCGCAGCUUUUUGGGAUAGAUGACUGGCUUGUGUGCAUAGCCAUGCUUCUGUCGUUAGCUCAGACCGUUAUCAGCUUCUUCUUCAUCAAGACGAAUUUCAUCGGCAUAGAGCCAGAGGAGGUGCCACCGCAUGAUCCCACUCAGGGACUGAUAUGGGCAUACGCUGUCCAGGUUCUGUACAACCCGAUCCUGGCGUUGGUCAAGUCGUCCGUCCUCAUCUUCCUCAUCCGAUUGUUCGGGCAGAGAAAGUGGGUGCGGCGGUCUCUUGUCUGGCUCAACAUGGUCAACAUCUCGCAGAUGGUCGGCGUCUUCUUUGCUGUCAUCUUGCAAUGCACUCCUAUCUCAUUUAACUGGGACCUCACCGUCAGGGGUGGUUACUGCGUCGACCGCCGAGUUUUGUACAUCUUCACGGCCGCUUUCAACAUUGUCACGGACAUGUUGAUGCUUGGCUUGCCCCUACGGGUGCUCUCCUCGCUCAAAAUACCGAAGCGCGCAAAGACCGCGCUCCUGGUAGUCUUUCUCCUUGGAUUCCUGGUAACCAUUACCUCCAUCAUCCGCCUAUUGCUCAUCGUCCAGGGCAUAUUUAACACCCCAGUCUUUCCAAUUUCGGACUCCAACGUUGGCUUCGUCUCGUCAGCCAUCGAGACCAACCUCGCGCUCAUCACCGCGUCGGCACCCGCGCUCCGCCCCAUCUUCCGCUCGCGCAACCACGGCGGCUGGUUUGCACGCAGCGUCAUGGCCACCGCCGGAGCACCGGGCGGUAACAACAGCAGCAAAAGCACCAUCGCCACCAUCACCGUGGUCUGA